AUGCUCCUCCCCCUCCUCAUCAUCCUCACCCCCCUCACCCUCCUCGCACAAAACGCACCACCAUCACCGCGUACCUGGGACUCUACACUCUUACCCCCCACACCCACCGGACCCUUCCCAACUGGACCCCCAACAUGGCUACCCUCUGACAUUGUCCCUUCUGACAUUGUCCCUUCUGACAUUGUCCCUUCUGACAUUGUCCCCUCUGACAUUGUCCCCACAGACGCAGGCCGCUGGUCUUCACUCUACGAGUCUCUUCGUUCUGCCGGCAAGAUACCGUCGACAUUGACGGCAGCGCCGUGGCCAACGGGUUCUUACGGGCCAGGUCAGGGACCUUAUCCUGGAGGACCAGGUAGAGGUGGGAAACCUGGUGCUGGUGGUGGGCCGGGUGGUUGGGGUGACCCAGCACAUCCACCCUUCGGCCCCUCAAACUUCGGCCCUUACUCCCAAUGGUCCACCCGCUCAGACUGGCGCCAAGGCCCCUGGACCUCCUGGUGGGACGGCACCGCGUGUCCGGCUUCAGACUGGCCGGGCUGGACGGCGGGGCCUUGGGCUACGUCGCCGCCGUGGACGAGCUGGGCGGGGUGUACGGCGAGUACCACGGCUACGUCGGUUAGUACGGUGACGGUGAAUGGGACGGAGGCGGUUGCCACGGGGUAUGGGUUGCAGGUUUUGGCGGCGAGUACGACGGGUGGUGGUGUGCAGGGGACGGGGAGGGGCGGGAGGGUUGAGGUUAGGUUGGGGGCUGUGGUUGUGGUUGCGGCGGCGGUUGCGGGCGUGGUGGGUGGGCUGUGA